ACAUGCUGGCUUGUAGUUGUGUGUUUCCUCCGCUCAAUGAUUUUCACUUUUUCUCUGAAACAUCACACAGCCUGCAAGCUAACCAGGAAGUCAGACAUUCCAAUGAUAGAGAGUGAAGGAGACAUCAUGGUAGGUGGCCUGUUCUCUAUUCAUGACACGGUGCUGGAGCCAGACUUGUCUUUCACUAUGGAACCUGAUGCGACACGUUGCUCUGGGUUAAAUUUCCGCACCUUUAGAUGGGUACAGACAAUGAUUUUUGCUAUUGAAGAAGUCAAUAAAGAUGGGCACCUCCUUCCUAAUAUAACACUAGGAUACAAAAUCUAUGAUUCCUGCAAUACACACUUCCAAGCACUGAGAGCUGCAGUCACCCUUAUGAAUGGACAGGAUGAGCCGAUCACUGUUUAUAAGUGCAGCUCAUCUGUGCCAGUUGUGAUAGGAGAUGGUGGAUCAACUUUGUCAAUAGUAGUAGCUCGCUUUCUGGGGGUCUUUCAUGUUCCACAGGUCAGUUACUUUUCCUCCUGCGCAUGUCUGAGUAAUAAGAAAGAGUUUCCUGCCUUCCUGCGAACCAUCCCCAGUGACUUAUUUCAAACUGACGCCUUAGUUCAGCUAGUGCAACACUUUGGGUGGACGUGGGUGGGAGUGAUUGCCGGUGAUGACGACUAUGGUCGGCGGGGAGUCCAGACUUUCAACGAAGAGGUGCAGAGGCUUGGAGUUUGCCUUGCCUUUCACGAGAUCGUCCCCAAGAACCAUGCUCCCGAUAAGGUGGCAAAGAUCGUGAAGGCUAUCGAAGCUUCCAGAGCCAAAGUGGUCCUGGUAUUUUCUCUGGAGCAGGACGCUCAUGCUUUGUUUUGGGAGGUGCUGCGUCAGAACCUGACAGGAAUUCAAUGGAUAGCCAGUGAAGCCUGGAUUACGGCUUCCCUUCUCUCCACCCGGGAGUUCUCCCGAAUCCUGGAUGGCUCGGUGGGUUUUGCCAUACGCCGGGCUGAUAUUCCAGGAUUGAAGGAAUUCCUCCUCAGUGUGCAUCCCUCACUGUCACAGAAACAUCCCUUCAUCCCCGAGUUCUGGGAGAAAACCUUUGGGUGUUCUUUUCAAAGAGACAGAGGUUCCACGGACAAGCCUGUAUGCACUGGGUCAGAGGACCUAGCCAGCGUAAGCAAUAUAUACUCCGAUGUGACACAGCUCAGAAUAUCAUACAAUGUUUACAAGUCUGUGUACGCAGUCGCUCAUGCUCUGCAAGACCUGCUGGAGUGUAAGGAUGACAAUGGGCUGUUUGCAAGUGGGCCCUGUCCAAAUAUCUCCAGCAUCGAGCCUUGGCAGCUCUUGCACUACUUGAAAUAUGUGCAGUUCACCAAUAAAUUUGGUGAAGAGACCAAGUUUGAUGAAAACGGAGACCCUACAGCUAUAUACGAUCUUAUAAACUGGCAGAAAGCAGCUGAUGGCUUUGUGGAGUUUGUUACUGUGGGGAAAUUUGAUGGGACACAACCUCUCGCCAAAAAACUGGAAAUUGAUGCGGAAAGAAUUAUAUGGAAUGGGAAUCAAACUCAAGUUCCAACAUCUGUAUGUAGCAAUAGCUGCCCUCCAGGGACAAGAAAAGGAAUCAAGGCUCGAUAUCCUGUUUGCUGCUUUGACUGUAUACUCUGUACAGACGGGGAGAUUAGCAACCAGACAGAUUCAAUAGAAUGCUUCAAAUGCCAGCCAGAGUUUUGGUCGAACAAAAGAAGAGAUCAAUGCAUUCCUAAGGAAGUGGAGUACCUUUCCUAUGCAGAUACAAUGGGUAUCAUCUUGUCAGCAGUGUCAUUAUUAGGGUCUUGUUUCACCAUUGCUGUAGCCUCCAUUUUUGUAUAUUAUAGAAACACACCUAUUGUAAAGGCAAACAACUCUGAGCUCAGCUUUCUCAUCUUGCUUUCCCUGGUGCUGUGCUUUCUUUGUUCCUUAGCUUUCAUAGGACAGCCCACAGUGUGGUCUUGCAUGUUGCGGCACAGUGUAUUCAGCAUUGCAUUUGUUCUCUGUAUUUCGUGUAUAUUAGGGAAAACCAUUGUGGUACUGUUUGCAUUUAAAGCAACUCUUCCAGGGAACAACAGGAUGAAAUGGUUCGGCCCCUCACAGCAGAGAAUUAUCAUCUUUCUCUGUACUUCGGUUCAAAUCCUGAACUGCACAGUAUGGCUGACUGUGGCCCCUCCUUCUCCAAAGAAAUCUCUCACUUAUGAAAGUUCCAAAAUUGUUCUGCAGUGUGAUGUUGGAUCCGUUCUGUUUUUUUGUCUUGUUCUUGGGUACAUUGGUUUUCUCUCAGUUCUGUGCUUUUUGCUUGCCUUCUUAGCCCGGAAGCUACCAGAUAACUUCAACGAGGCAAAAUUUAUUACAUUCAGUAUGCUGAUUUUCUUUGCAGUGUGGAUAGCGUUUGUGCCUGCCUAUGUGAGCUCACCAGGGAAGUACACUGUUGCAACAGAAAUAUUUGCAAUUUUGUCCUCCAGUUUUGGACUUCUGGUAUGUUUGUUUUUCCCAAAAUGCUACAUUAUUUUACUAAAGCCGGAAAAAAAUUCUAAAAAACACAUCAUGGGAAAAACAGCAUCAGCAGUACGAUUAUAA